AGGAUCUGUGGUCUGUGAGGGUCUGUGGUCUGUGUUUACUGGUUUCGUGCGUCUGUGAUCGGUGAUAGUACUGAAGGGUUAUUACCGGUGUAAAGUUGUAUUUACAGUUGAGGGAUGGCUACUGUCCAGUUGUGGUGUGUUGCAAUGGUUCCCAUGCUGUUCUUCAUUCAAUUGAUCAAUGGUCUGAAGAACGGCUACGUGAUGGAGUUGAACUACAUGUGUAAACCACGACCAAAGACUGGGUUGAUGGCCGUCCCAUGGGACUGCAAUGGCUUCGUGCAGUGUAACCAUUAUUUUGCUAUAUGGACUAACUGUGCUACCAGCUUGGUGUUUGACCCGGUACAGCAGACCUGCGUGUCACCGCCUGUCUCAGGACCUUGCAGAUAUCCAGAAGAGAGAGCUAAAAUGUUUUGCCCUGGAAUGCCUGGUCUGAAGUUCCUUCACCCCAAGAGCUGUGCCAUGUUCUACGACUGCAGCCAAGUGGUUCCCCAGUUUGGCCUGGGCCUGUAUGAGAACGAGUGCAAAUACCCCCUGCUGUUUGACAAAUAUGAACAAAUAUGUAAGGAGCCGGGAGAUGCCAAAUGCGGAGACAGUCCCAGACCUCGUGAUAAAUGUUCCUACCAGCUUGAGUGUCUGGACGAGGCGUGCAAGGGUCUUCCCGACGGCAAGAACCCAGUGGUUGGCAGACUCUUCCUUCCUGACUACCUAGAGUGCGCCUCUCAGCUCGUGGUGUCCAGAUCAACGUGUACGGGGGAAAUGGUGUUUGACCCUGUAAUUCUUCAGUGCUCAGAGGAUGUCAAAGCAUCGAUCAUCAAGAUAUGUGAGCGUCUCCCAGGCCUGAAGUUCCCGGCGUCCACGAGCUGCUCCAAGUACUACGACUGCAGCAGGCCAUCCUGGGACCCCGCCCUCGACCCCUACCAGAGGGAGUGUCCCUACUUCCAGCUGUGGGACUCCGGCACGUUUACCUGCAGUCAGUACACUACUGUCAACUGUGACAGCAGGUUCGAGCCCCGGGCGCCAUGUGACUACACUGUGGGUCAGUGCGCCACGGGCACCUGUAUUCCAUGUGAAGCCACGUGUGUCGGAGCCAUGGACGGUAAAAUAGCCUUCCCGGGCGACAGCAGCAUGUACAUCGAAUGUAAGGACGAGAGGACCAUCAGUAUCGACGACUGUGCCGGAAACUACGUCUUCUGGGCGGACCGGGGGAGGUGCGUGGACCCAAGUAUCGUACCUGUGACAACUACAACGACUAUACCUACAACGUCUGGGGAGACCACAACAACCAGUACAACUGCAACGACUAAAAGUCUUACAGCUUCGACAACAACAACUCCUACGACGACUGUUACCACGCAAACAACAACCACCACCACAACCACCACACCUCCUCCAUCUACUACGACAACAACUACUGUAUCUACUAGUACAGCAACAGAUACAACUACAACUACUCCAUCUCCAACAACUACACCGACGACAUGUACUGACAAUGACUGUAUAAGAGACAACAGGAUAGCAGCCCUGGAAGAAUUUCAACGGAGAAUUGAGUCAGCAAACAAAUACUGUUUUCCUCCUCCGAACGACCAGUCAAACAGAAUUGUCUCCCUUUCCUAUUCCGCGGGAAUUACCAGAGCUUCAUACACAUGCCCGACUGGCCACGCGAUAUGUGGAGUUGCUGCCAUGGGAACGUGUGAAGGGGACAGGUGGCAACAACCACCUGGCCGGUGUGUACAGAACGUGUGGGGCCCGCCGCUGACGGUCUCCGACAUCCAGAUCGGGUGUCCCCUGAAGCCCUGGACUCGGAUCCAGGUGAUGGGCAUCCUCAGCAGCUUUAACUCCACAAGCUUUAACCUCAUGAAGGGAAAUAGUCCACUUCUAGAAGUAACCUUCACCUUCGUGGAUUCAACGCCACCUUGCCGUGUGGAGGUCAGUCGCACGGUAGCGUCAAAUACUGUUAUAGAGGGGUCAAAGGACAUUGACCUGUAUCCUGGAGAUGGCCUUGACCUGAACGUGCGCCUAGGAAUGAAUGAAUAUUUUGUAUAUAUUAACGACGUCCACAUAGCACCCGUCCCCUAUGCUGAACCACCAACCACAGCUGACCGUAUCGUGCUGGACCAAGGUUUGCAGAUGGGCAGCAGACUGGACAUAACACACUCAAAUAUUCUACAGUUGGAAACUGAUGGCAGUUCCGCCGUAGACCUCUCAACAAGAGGCUACAUGAUCGACGGCAACUUUUUCACCUUCGGAGUCGAGGCAUGUGAAGACAUCACCGUCACAUUAAGUCUUUCGUCGUCGGAUGUCGACACCAUCACCAUCAACAUCGGCAGCAACGGUAACACCGUGUCCACAGUCACGGCUUGCAGCACAUGUUCAGUGAUGACCAAGAGGCACAGUCCUCUAGCGUGUGGAGAGUCUAGACAAUUCUGGGUUUCCAUGUACAGCACGAACCCUGUGAAAUUCAAUGUUGGAACUGGUUUUGUGGACAGUCCCGAGGCCGACCUCAUAUUCAAUGGUGCUGGUUACCGACCAUCAACAGAUUUGGGUGAAGGCGUAUUACAGAAAGUUACCGUUAUGUCAAACAAGGGCAAGGCACGAUGGAGUAUAUCUCAGCCCGACAUCGAGCGGUGUGGUUCGCCACGUGCAAUGACUAACAGUAUUCCCCUUCUCCUGCCGGAAACUGCCGAGGUACAAUACCGGUGUUCGGAGGACUUCGCCUUUUGCGGAACCUCGGAUAAGAUGACAUGUGCCAAAGACAAUCUGUGGAAGGGGCUUAUGGGAACAUGCGUGAAAUCCAUAUAUAAUAAUAUUCAGAAGCCACCCGUCGGUCGAUCAUCCAUGUUGAAGUUGAAGUGCAGGUUUCAAGAGACGUCGGCAGUGUCGCUCCAUUUAAUGAAAGGAUCUCAAAAAAUUACGAUUAAACUGAGUGAUCUGGCAGGGGACAUGAAUCUUGUGAUGACGAUAUUUCAAGGAGGGUUUGACUUACAUAGGGUGAAGGGCGGGGUGGAGAUGGACGCUGCUAACGUCCCUGGCGUGUCAUUCACGACGGGAGAGGAGAGACACGUCGUCAUCUAUAACUCCUACACAGGCUACAAGGUGUACGUGGAUGGGCAGCUAGCCGGGACGUUCAACCACACCGACACAGCCUGGAAGAAGGUGCAGAAGGUGGAUGUUGAUGGUUUCGAGAUGAUGAAGAGGGCGGAGCUGGCACCAACAGUGACCGGGAUGCCAACCUGCCCUCCCCCACAGCUGAAGGUUCACAGUACCGUGGUAGCAGAGGACCGCACCCUGGGAGGUACGGCAACGUACGAGUGUGUCCCAGACUUCACCUUCUGUGGCGACACCGACACCAUCACGUGCUCAAGCGACGGCAGCUGGAGGGGUGGACAGGGGUCAUGCGUCCAGACCAGAUGGCUGGUCAACAAGGUCCUCACCGAGGAAGAGAUGACGUUCCAGAUCCCAGUGUGUCUGUACACCAAUCCCGGGUUGGUGGAGGUGAAGGUCCAGCUGGAACUGAAGGGAGGCCCGUUCUACCUGGAGCUCCGGCCCCAACACGCUGGUUAUGAUACCCACAGACUGGACGUCACCGAGGGGUCGGGCACCUUAAACAUCGCCUUGACCCCAGACGCGACCCCCGUAAACAUCCCUUCGUCAGAUCUCGUCGUGACCUUCACCUUUAAAAUAUCGACAGAAACAAUAACUUAUAUGCUGGGGACGAAGGUCAUCAUGAUAGUGCCCACCACUUACUCUCACUUCAACAUGCUGGCCGUUGGGAGAAAGGGAAUCCUUUUACAGACUGUGGCCAUGAGCAAUCAAGUACAAUCUUGAUGAUUGAGAUGUGUCUUGUGCAGCAGUUAAUUAUUUUUUAAUUAAACAUGUGGCCUCGCUAGUUUACCGUCAAGUCAAGGGUGCCACAGCCCAGUGUGCCUAGGUUAUGUCCAUUAAGUAUACAGGCAUCCUUGGUUUCGAAUGCAAGGGUCGCCUUUAUUAUAUGGGUAUUUGUUGCUUGCUCUAUACUUUUCGAUAACAUCCUCAAACUUCUUUCAUGGGCAUUGAAGAAGUUGAGUUGAUGAAGAAUGAUGACAAUAUUUAUGGAUAUACAACUUCCUUUAUUGUGUGAAAGGCGACGUUUCCACAUAUAUUCUAAUGUCGUUGACAACGACAUAAGAAUCUAUGUCGAAACGUUGCCUUUCUCAAAAUAAAAGAAGUUGUAUAUCCAUAACAAUUAUCAUCAUUCUUCAAAAUCCUAAAAUAUAGGAGAUUACACCUCCCCAAAUCUUUCAGUUCAAGUGUAUUUAACCUGACAAAUCAACCAUGAUAUAAGAAAUAAGAUGCUGUUUGACUAGUAUAUUAGAUAACAAUUGAAUUUGUUUGAUCUUUUUAUUAUCUUUAGGGAUAGAUGUAUUUCAAAGCUGUAUUGAAACAGAGUUUGCAUGUAACAAGAGAUGUCACCACUGAGGGAUUUAGAAGUGGGAGCAACAAGGAGGGGUAGUAACAUAUUGAUGGACAACUUCUUUAUUACAAAUGAUCACUGAUUUGAUAACGGUGUUAGAACCUUCGCCGAAAUUUCGCUUCCUUUGUAAAAAAGAAAUUCUUCAUAUAUUUAUUUGUAUCAUUCCUUAAAGGGGAUGUCGUACUGGCAAUAGCUUUAAUGACGCAUGGAAUACCUCUUACACUCCGUGCACCAGAAUGCGUGUUUGUGCUUGUUGGAUUGAGAAGCUAGUGUGUGACGAAACUGUAGAAACAUCGGACGUAGGUUAUAUUGGCAGGAAGAAGGAAUAUCAAACAGGUUAUAGUGAUUUAUGGCAAGAAUUCAUUUCUUAUGCCUAGCGUAGCUUGUAGUGGUGUUAUAACGGUUCAUAUAACGGUACCGUACGAUAGCGUUCACAAGAUCAGUGUUUUAGUGUUGUUUUAGUGUGAACCAUGUAACGUUUAAAGGUCGAGUGUACUCAGUCGUAUUAGAACCCUCACAAGUCGAUCCAGUUGACAGAUUGACGGAUCAAGACGGUCUGGUCGAUUAGAAAUUGUCAGAGGAACUGUGGAGCACAGGUUCUCAUAUUGACACAGUUCGCACUAACUGCUGUCUGGACCUUGACAGGGAAUUCUCAGAGAACAUAUUGGAACUCGUCGCACUAUCUAUUGUCUAGACCUGGAAUGGAAAGUGUCAGAGGAUAUGUGGAGCACAGUCUUUCAUAUUUGAAAUUGGUCGCACUAUCUACUGUCUAGACCUUGAAUGAGAAUUGGACAGUCCCUCUUUAAAGCGUUUUGAAUCACUGCUAAAUAACAUUAAAGCUUUCGUCACCACAUGGGUUAGUGAGAUCACUGUGACGUCAUAAUAAUUACAUUGACGUUAUAAUGACGUGUUAUAAAAUGAUAUUUUCCUAAGAGAAAAUGCUCAUGUUAUAUCACUGAACCAUCUCGAUAUUUCAUUUAAAAUGUGUAGUGGGGGAAAUGGGAGGGUGAUACUUCAUUACACCGUAGCAAUUACUGAAACCUUUACCCAUAUCUAUCAUUUUAUUUGUGAUUAUAUUCACAAAAAGAACCAUAACGCUAAUUUAUGAUAUACUAGAUUGUAUAUGAAGGUGCAUAAAAUAGAAAACAGCGACAUCUACAGUGGCACCACCGAGCUGUUGAGACGAUUCAGGAUCCGGUACCAUGACUGGCUCAGACGAUACAGGAUCCGGUACCGUGACUGGCUCAGACGAUACAGGAUCCGGUACCGUUACUGGCUCUGAUUAUGACCCUUCGUAUUUAAGGAAUAUGUCCUGUGACCUUGAGUUUCAUCAGAGUGUGAGUCAACGACGUGCAUCAUUUGAGUUUCUCCUCAUUUAUCUUGCACACCGUGCCGUAACUGAAAUACUGUUCAACGCGGUUUGAACCCAUAUAACUCACUCACUUACACACAUGUCCGUUGACGUGUAAUAAACAAUCUACAGAACUGGCAUUAUUUAUUUUCCGUGUGAAGAAACUGCAUGUUAAACAUUCGUAUAAAUGAACCGUCGUGACGAUGCGUCUGUAUGCUAAUAAAUAUCCAUGUAUUAUGUAUGAAUAAAACAGUAUUGGUAUAGAAAUAAACAAAUAACUAUCGUU